UGUGUCUAGGGCAAAGACGGAGUUGUAAACUUCUUAAAAUUCCUCUUUCAACAUUCAGUAAUUCCUCUUUCGAGACUAAAGCUCUUUUUGUGUGCGUGUGUGUCAAGCGUAUACCCUGGGAUUCUCCUUCUCCGCUUCCCUUUCUCGCUGUUCCUUCUUGCUUUAGGGACCGGAAGAGUCCUUGAACCAAAAUAGCUCGGCGGGCACUUCCGGGGCCGGAGCCCAGGGUUCCGGGAGGGUGCAGGCAAGAAAGGGAAAGGCAGCGGCGGCGGCAGCUGGAGAAUGAAGAAGGAGCAUGUGCUGCACUGCCAGUUCUCCGCGUGGUACCCGCUCUUCCGAGGCGUUACCAUCAAGAGUGUCAUUCUUCCACUGCCUCAGAAUGUGAAGGAUUAUUUACUCGAUGAUGGAACUCUGGUGGUUUCAGGAAGGGACGAUCCACCAACACAUUCUCAGCCAGACAGUGAUGAUGAAGCAGAAGAAAUACAGUGGUCUGAUGAUGAGAACACAGCCACGCUUACGGCACCAGAAUUUCCUGAGUUUGCCACUCAAGUCCAGGAAGCUAUCAAUUCCCUCGGGGGCAGUGUCUUUCCUAAGCUUAACUGGAGUGCCCCAAGGGAUGCGUAUUGGAUAGCAAUGAAUAGUUCUCUGAAAUGUAAAACCCUCAGCGACAUCUUUCUACUUUUCAAGAGUUCUGAUUUCAUCACUCGUGACUUCACUCAGCCGUUUAUUCAUUGUACUGAUGAUUCUCCAGAUCCGUGUAUAGAAUAUGAGGUAAGAAGCUUAUUUUCCUUGAUAAUCGUAGAUGAAGAUGUGUUGAGAAUUGCUAUUUAUUCUUAA